AUGGGCGGGUUAAAAAAGAAUGAUUGCCUCUUAAAACCGGGGUUCGCUUUUUGUUCUUACUGGGCCACGUGGCGAGCUGGGGCGAAAAGACAGGAGAGCCUUUAUGGCGAGCCGCCGUCUCUGGGUAUUCCUAGGCAAAUGUGUCGGUUUAAUGAUAGCGUUUUUCUGAACGCUUGGGAUACUGAGGUGCUGUCUCUUAUAAAUAUCAGGCUGUGGACUCCCGUUGCUUUUUCUUACUGCAUCUUCCUUGUCAUCGCUUCAUUUGUCUGCUGUUUUGUCUUUGCUUGUGAGCGUACCGGCAGCAUUCAGGUGGUGACGGUGACUGCAUUUGUGGUUUUCGACCCUGUUUUCGAGUUUACACUUGAUUGUGCUUCAUCUUUGUACUGGAAAAUGUCUGCUACCAAGGAAGUUACUUCAGCUCGCCCGUCUGGUGACGCUCGUGCUGAAAAGUCUGUAGAAAAGUUGGAUGUAAAAGAAUUUCGCGAUCGGUUUUGCGUUCCUAAUGGCGUGUCUGUAGAGCUGUUUGAUGGAGAGGGCGUGUUGCCUGAGAAGCCGGAAAAUAACGCGAUACUCUUUACCAAGGAGCAGUUUAAUGCUGGGCUUCGAUUCCCUGUCCCGUCUCUGCUCAAGGAAUUUCUGCAUUUCACCCAGAUUCCUCCAGUGUACGUACAUCCCAACAUGAUCCGGGUGCUGAUGGGGUGCAGCAUCCUGAGCAUGCUGUUCAACUUGGACCUCUCAUUACUGGAGGUUCUUUUCGUUUACUCGAUCAAGAAAGUGAAGAGUAACAUCUUCAGCUUCGUCGCCAGCCUUCCAUCCCUGCAACUGGUGACAAACCUACCAGAUUCGAAUAAAAAGGCCGCCAAGGGGCAGGUGCUGGUCAAGGGCGUAUGGGCAGGUUGUCUGAGCAUCCGGACAGGCCCUUUGUUCCCAAUCAGUCACUGA